AUGAUUACGCCAUCAUCCUUAUACCGCUACUCUUCUUCGACCACUUCGACGGACCAUCAAUCCAUCAAGCUAUUAGCCGAAGAGGCACGAACUACGUAUACAGCACAUGAAAAUUUCAGCAACACUCUCUUAAUGGCGGCCAGGUUGGAGACUGAUCACAAUCAACCAGACACGUCUGCGAGGCUCAAAGAAGCAUUAGAUCAGAACAUUCCGGCCACGCAACAGUUCCGCGCUGUCUUAUUCGGGUCCUGGAUUAAUAUGCUUCUUAUUCUAGUUCCUAUUGGCUUUGCAGUCAACUAUUCGCACAUAAAUAGUAUAGCUGUAUUUAUCAUUAACUUUGUUGCUAUUCUUCCUCUUGCAGCUAUGCUUAGCUACGCAACAGAGGAACUUGCACUCCGCACUGGUGAAACCCUUGGUGGUCUUUUAAAUGCAUCUUUUGGUAAUGCUGUUGAAUUAAUUGUCUCUAUCCAAGCGUUGUUUAAAAAUAAGAUUUUAAUUGUCAAGACCUCGUUGAUCGGAAGUAUGCUUUCAAACCUACUUCUGGUACUUGGAAUGUGCUUCUUCUUUGGAGGUAUUAGCCGAUUAGAGCAGUUUUUCAACUUAACUCUCGCCCAGACUGCUACAAGUCUCUUGGCUAUUUGUAUUAGCGGUCUAAUUAUCCCAACUGUGUUCCACUAUAUGCUUUUAGUAGAGGACACUAACGCCAAUUUCUUGAAGAACCAGGAGCUUUCCCAUGGAACAGCCCUCAUCAUGUUAAUCAUCUACUUUUGCUACCUCUUCUUUCAGCUUAAAUCGCAUGCUAUGAUGUACAAGGAACCAAGCAAGAGAGUCGAAAAAAGAAAUGGCAACCUAGACAAGGGCACUAGUAGUCGCACAAUCGUAAAAAUUGGCGCCAUUACUGCUGCUUCUGCUGUUGGUACUGCCCAGAUCAACUUCACACGCGAGGAGGAUAUCGAAGAGUCCCAGUUAACCCUGUCGGGUGCGCUCAUCCCUUUGGGGAUCUCGACCACAUUGAUUGCAUUCUGCUCAGAGUUCAUGGUCAACAGUAUUCAGAGCAUAACAGAAGGUGACAAAGUCUCCGCUGUUUUUGUUGGUCUUAUCCUAAUCCCGAUCGUCGGCAAUGCUGCCGAGCACGCAACUGCAGUUACUAUGGCGAUUAAAGAUCAAAUGGAUCUUGCUAUUAGUGUUGCCGUCGGGUCCAGUAUGCAGAUCGCCUUAUUUAUUCUUCCGCUUAUCGUAAUUGUGGGGUGGGUUGCCGGUAAAGAGUGCAUGAUGUUGUACUUUAAUGCUUUCCAAAUUGCUAUACUCUUUAUGACAAUACUACUUGUGAAUUAACUUAUCCAGGACGGUAAAUCUCGUAAGUAUACCGCCUUUCUAGAAUUAUACUCUACUAACAUUAGCUAGAUUGGCUUAAAGGCGCUCUGCUUAUAGCGUUGUAUAUUAUUAUCGCCAUUGCUGCUUGGCUCUAUCCCAGUGACUACACAUCCGAGACAAGGUGUGGAUAAGAAACAGGUUAGACGUUGUCGGAAGCCUCCACCAAUUGACGUUCAGUCGUAAGACUUCGAAGCGAUGACAGAUUUCGAAAGGCUAAACUCUUAAAUAAUAAGAUUGCGGUUUUCAUUUAGUACGGAUUAUUGCACGGAGUACGGUUGUGGCCUAGAAACUCUUUGCCUAGAAGCGACAGGUAUCAAAUGGUGGCACGGUGGAGCAUGCGAGGAGGCGACGUUCGUGUGGUG